AUUGCUAUCGUUUAAAAACAGAAUAAAAUCCCUAGCACUAGACGUGUUAGUUUGACAGCUGUCACAUAAAUCAAGUUGUGUUAGCAAGUUUAAAACGUUAUAUUUACAUCAUUCUCAGAUUUAAAAUAAAAUUUGUUUUAAUAUAAACCUGUGUAUAAGACUCUCUUCCUUGUAAGAACGAAUAGAUCCUCCGGCGGGCAAUAUUAAUGUUAGAUUAGAAGAAGUUAUUGUGAUCGCCUUGUUUAGUUAUUCAAAUCUAAUCAUGUCGUAAGAACCGUGACCUAGCUUGAUGUCAGUGCACUAUCCAACGAACAGAAGAAUAACUCAAGGUACAAUACAGUAAGAUGGAUAUUAAUCAACUUGUCAGCAAGAAUCAGUCGAUAAAAAUAGUUCCUUCUAUCGAAGAUUCUUUGCAAUCGAUAGGUCUAGAUGUAAGUCUCGACCCUAAUUCCAAAAAAUGGUUUGAACAACUUAAAGUAACUUGGAAAACAUGGAAGAAGACGCCAGCAGUAGCAACUCAAAUAGAAACAUUCUUUGAGCUUGCUGAAGAUCGCUAUAGACUAGCCUUGGUCUUUGUAAUAAAAUGUGAGGAAUACAAAGAUUGCAAAUCGAAGACAUUACCAUAUUAUAUUGUGGAAACACUAUUGAAAUGGUCUUACAAAAGCAAGAUUCUUCCAGAUGAUAACCUCAAGCUACCUGCUUUUCAUAUAGCCAUACAACAAAGGAAUCAACAUUUCCUAUGUCUUGUGGUUAAAGCUUACAGAAUGUUGACAAUAAAGGAUCAGAUUCUCCCCAUAGUUAGAGAUAUGGUCAGUCAAGAUAAUUGCAAACAAGCCUCUCAGAUUGUGAUAGCCAUGGAGUUAUUUGAUGACAUACCAGUUGAAGAUCUUAUUUUCCCAUUGAUCUUACAAGACAAACCCAAUUUAAUUGAUGAAUAUUUAAAUGAAUGUCCAAGUCAGGUGAAGCCAUUAUUAAUUUUUCUAGACAACUUGCUGGAUAAAACCAUAAGUAUUCGUGAUUUUGUUCAGCAUUAUAUUAAUGACAAUAAGAUAACCCAUGUUAAAUAUGAUAAGUUACACUACAAACCAUUGGGAAAACUUGUUGCCAGGCUGUGCAAUAAGUUUAAUAUUCCUAUAGAAACUUGUAAGAAUCUAAGUAAGAACCGCACUACUGGUGGCCUAAGGUACUUAAUACAUCAGAAAUAUCAGGAACACAAUGUCAGCACUUCAGUGUGGGAAGACUUGGUCAAGGAUUCUCUGAAGCAAAAUGCAGGCUCUGGACAAGAGUUCAUUGAAAUGUUAGUGGAGUAUGACAGAAGUGAAGCCCUUAAAUGGGCCUCAUACUUAAACAUGGCAGAAAGUGAACUACCUCUUGCACUUAAAGAAGUUUCUAUAAGUGAUGCACCUGAAGAAGAAAACUGGGAUACAAAUGAAAAAAAUGAAAGCUCUUCACAUAAGUACUAUAAAUUUAAAUUACUAGAUGACCAGGUCAUAAUGAUAGAUUCAGGGGAAAAGUUUAAUGACCUAAUUGUGUCAGAAAUUGUUAAAAGUAGUGUUGUAGGUAUUGACUGUGAAUGGAAGCCUUCCUUUGGAGCAACACAAUCCCAAGUUGCAUUAAUACAACUUGCUACAAGCAACAGAGUGUAUCUCAUAGACACUCUAAUACUAAACAAAGCAGAAUAUGCAAGUUACUGGCACACUUUUUAUAAAUCAUUUCUGGACAAUGCAGAAAUCAUUAAAGUUGGCUUUGGUCUUGAACAGGACUUGAAAGAAAUGAAGUCCUGCUUGGUAGGCUUGGGGAGUAUUAAAGUACAAGGUGAAGGAUUAUUAGAUCUUGGUAUAUUCUGGAAAAGCCUUCUAAGUAAUGGACUGUUGUUACCUAGCAGCAGUGAUGUUGGAGGAAACAGUCUAAGCUGUCUUGUACAGUCAUGUUUUGGGUUGCCUCUUGAAAAGUCUGAACAAUGUUCCAAUUGGGAAUUAAGGCCAUUAAGAAGUACGCAAAUUCUUUAUGCUGCUUUAGAUGCCUUUGUAUUGAUUGAAUUAUAUGAAUACCUCCAGAAAAUAUGUUUGGUCCAAAAAAUUAACUUUGAAGAAAUUUGCAAUGAUGUUAUGUUAGAAAGUAAGAAGAAAUGUACAAAGAAACCAAAAGUUAUAGAAAGAUUUCAGUCCUCCAUACCAAUUGUACAGUCAAGAUCAGUCCAUGAGGUGAAAUUUAUAGUUGAUCCUGUGUUAUCCAAUUUGAUGCCUUAUUUAAGAUAUUGUGGAAUAGACACAACUGUGAUACCAGUUACUAUGUUAUGGCAUGAUGCAAUAAAUUUAGCAAUAAAAGAAGACCGUUUAGUACUUUUGUGCAAAAUAAAACAUACUCCAACAAAUACCUUCCCACAAAGUUCUAUAUUAGAAGUUGGCAGAGACACAGUAAUGCAACAGUUAAGGAAAAUAUUUUACAGUUUUAACAUAAAAGUUGAACAAGACAAUUUGUUUAGUUUUUGUAUUAAUUGUAAUAGUAAAGAUUUAAGAAAACUAGAUUCUAAUGAUGUUGUGAAAAUGUGUAGUGAAUACAAAAUAAAUGCUGUUGCUGAUGAGGCCACUGACAGGUUUGGUUGUGGGUAUGAUGAUGACGAAACUGCAUAUUGUGAUAACUUUUUGAGUGAUUCAGAUUGUGAUGAAGAAUUGUAUCAACCAGAUACAUUACCACGAAAAACUUUGACUACAAAAAAGAAUGUGCCAAUUGAAAUACAUAAUGCUUCUAAAUUGUCAGACUUAAAAAAGUCUGCCAUUCUUUGUGAAGAUUGUGGAAAAUUGUUUUGGGAUGAAGAUGUAUUGCUUAAACCGGUCAGUGAGGUUGUGUUGCAUUUUAAAAAGCUGAAAAUCUGGUAAGCUUUAUGUUGCCCAAAAUAAAAAGGUCCAUUACUUUCCAAAAUAUUUUUUUCCAUGUAAAUAUAUUACAUUAUUAAAUAGAGUUUAUGAAUAAA